AUGAUGAGAGUUCCAUCUAAGAGAGCAGAGAUUCGUGCUGCGUUAAGAGCACGAAUAAAACAUUCUACAGGAGAUGAUUCUGAUUUUGAUCAAUCGGAUAAUAUUGUUUCUCAUGUAAGAGGGGAUGCUACCAAUAAGGGCAAAUCGGGACCAUUAAGUAAAACCAAAACAUCAAAAUCAAAGUUGAAUACCAAGACCAAGAGCAAGACCAAAUCAAAACCAAAGAAAAGAGUGAUUAAGUCUGAAGGUGGGGAUGAUGAUUCUUUAUUGUCGGAUAAGAGUAAAAGUAAGAAAAGAAGAAGAUCAUCAGCCAGUGAAGUGGAAGAUUUAGAGGAGGUGGUAUUAGAUCACGAAGAAGAUUAUUCCGAGGUCGAUGAUGAAGAUUUCGAACUUAAUGGAGAGGAUGAAGGGAACGGAGAUGAAGAAGAUGAAGAGGAUGACGAAGAAGACGAAGAAGGUUAUUCAAAUAAGAAGACUAAAGAAACAAGUUCCAAAAAGAAGAAAAGAUCAAAUUCAGGCACAGCUAUAAAAGUUCCAAAAAUAAGAAAACCAAGAGAGAAAAAGAUCCCCGUUGUAAAACCCAUCAUUGAUGAAAAGAUAUGUCCAAUAUGUGAUAAGGAAUUCCCCACUUCAAUAGAAUGUAAGAAUCAUAAACGAUCACAUUCUAAACCAAAAAUUCAUAAAUGUGAAAUAUGUCAUAAAGCAUUCAGUCAGAUGCCUAAUUUAGAAUAUCAUUAUACCAUCAUUCAUAAAGAUUUACAAACCAGUACUGCUAGUAGACCCACUUCCCAAUCCACUAUUAAUGAUGAAUCAAUGGUUCAACCUGAUCCAACUAUAGAUACAACCAUCACUUCGAUUUCAUCGGUCGAUACCGGGAUUACCACUACUACAUCUACUGAUUCUAAUAUUGAUUUUAAACAAGUACGAGUAUUCCAUUGUGGAACGGUAGGAUGCACGAAGACAUUUUUAUCAUAUCAAGCGUUAUUGGAUCAUCGAACUGAAGAUCAUUUAGCGGUGGCUCGAGUCCCAUAUAAACAACCUCGAACUGAAAAGAAACAUGUAUGUUCGAUAGGACCAUGUAGGAAAGGAUUUGUCAAAUUUUCCGAUUUAACUCGUCAUAUUAGAGUUCAUACGGGAGAAAAACCCUAUAAAUGUGAAGAAUGUGGAGCUAGUUUUAAUCAAAAAUAUAGAUUAACAACUCAUUCUCGAUCUCAUUCAGGUGAAAAACCAUUCUCGUGUGAUUAUUGUGGAAAAUUAUUUGCUAGAGGUGAUGCGGUUAAAUCUCAUAUAUUCUCUAUUCAUCGUGAAAAGGGUGAAGCCUUUUAG